AUGGCUCGGCGAAGAAAGCCCCCACGAGCCGGCGCAUUAUCUGAGCUCCAGCCGCUCAAGAUUGCCACGCAAAUAGCCACCCUCCAAGCACUCUACUACACGACAGCCGGCAUCCUCAUGCUCUUCACCGCCCUAGUCGCAGGCAUGAGCUUCAGCGUCGACAUGAUACUAGGAUGGGACGCCGUGCGCGGCGACACAACCCAGGGCUGGCUGCUGUCCUUCAUCUGGCUGAUUGACGGCGGCCUCUGCAUGGCCGUCGCCAUCGUCGUCCUCAUCGCGAGGAGCAAGCUCGUGCCCGACUUCGCCCUGACCAUCCACCUCCUGCACCUCGUCUUCACGACCUUGUACGCGCGCUCCCUCCCCAGACACUCCAUGUGGUGGAUGACCAUGAUGGCAUCCGCCGCCGUUGCCGUCGCCCUCGGCAUGUGGGGCUGCCGCUACCGCGAGCUGCAGCCCGUCUUCUUUGGCGGCGGUCGAAUCCUCGGCUCAAACUCCGCGCCGGCCGCGGCGUCCCACGGCCAGGUUGCUGCCGAGGAGGGCCAGGCCGGUCUGGACGACGACGACAACGACGACGGCCGCGGCGGCGCCGAGGACGACGGCUUCUCGCGCGGCAGGGGGAGAGGCCGUGGCAAGGACGGGGCCGGCGAGUAUGAAAUGGUGGGCAUGAAGCAAGCAAAGGACUGA